ACCAGAGACAGCCUGCGACAUUGCAAUCUCAAACAACGCCUAAUUGCAGCCGCAAGCACCAAACUACGAUUAUACACUCCUCCUCAUCGACCGGAUAUAAUUUUUUUCAUACCCCUCGAUCUCCAGUCGCCAUGGCCAAGGACGUCGCGGCCCAGAAGGGCGAAGAUGAAUACACAAUAAAGCCCCAGGCUGUUACGCCUGCCCUCAACACUUCCGACUGGCCAUUGCUCCUUAAGAACUACGACAAGCUCCUCGUCCGAACCGGUCACUUCACCCCCAUCCCCAACGGCUGCUCGCCUUUGAAGCGUGACAUCAAGUCCUACGUUAGCUCUGGUGUCAUCAACCUCGAUAAGCCCUCCAACCCUUCCUCCCACGAAGUUGUCGCCUGGGUCAAGCGCAUUCUUCGCUGCGAAAAGACCGGCCACAGCGGUACUCUCGAUCCCAAGGUCACUGGCUGCCUGAUUGUCUGCAUUGACCGCGCCACCCGCCUCGUCAAAUCCCAGCAGGGCGCCGGAAAGGAAUACGUUGCCAUUGUCCGCCUCCACGACAAGCUGCCCGGCGGCCAGGCCCAGUUUGCCCGUGCCCUCGAGACCCUGACCGGUGCUCUCUUCCAGCGUCCUCCUCUGAUUUCCGCCGUCAAGCGUCAGCUGCGUAUCCGUACCAUCCACGAGAGCAAGCUGAUUGAGUUCGACAACGACCGCCACCUUGGUGUCUUCUGGGUCAGCUGCGAGGCUGGUACCUACAUCCGUACCCUCUGCGUGCACUUGGGUCUCCUCCUCGGUGUCGGUGGCCACAUGCAGGAGCUGCGCCGUGUCCGCUCCGGAGCCAUGGACGAGUCCAAGGGUCUCGUCACCCUCCACGACGUCCUCGAUGCCCAGUGGACCAUGGACAACACCCGCGACGAGUCGUACCUCCGCAAGGUCAUUUCUCCCCUCGAAACCCUUCUUGUGUCUUACAAGCGUAUUGUCGUCAAGGACAGCGCUGUCAACGCCGUAUGCUACGGUGCCAAGCUGAUGCUUCCCGGUCUCCUGCGCUACGAAGCCAACAUUGAGCACCACGAGGAAGUCGUCCUCAUGACCACCAAGGGUGAGGCCAUUGCCCUUGCCUACGCGCAAAUGUCUACUGUCGAGAUGUCCACCUGCGACCACGGUGUCGUUGCCAAGGUCAAGCGCUGCAUCAUGGAGCGCGACCUGUACCCCCGCCGCUGGGGUCUUGGCCCCGUCGCCGCCGAGAAGAAGAAGCUCAAGGCGGACGGCAAGCUCGACAAGUUUGGCCGCGCCAACGACGCUACCCCUGCCAAGUGGACUGCCGAGUACAAGGACUACAGCGCUCCCACUGAUGACACUGCUGCCGCCGCUUCUGCUGCUGCUACCCCCGUCAAGCCUGUUGCUGCUGCUCCCGUCAGCGCUCCCGAGACUCCUGCCGAGGACGGCGAGAAGAAGAAGCGCAAGAAGCACGAGGGCGAGACCCCCGACGAGAAGGCCGAGCGCAAGCGCAGAAAAGCCGAGAAGAAGGCUGCCAAGGCUGCUAAGAAGGCGGCCAAGGGCGACGACUCUGACGAGGACAGCGACUAAGCUCGGAAUAGAGAAUUGUCGUUGGUGGUUGUGCAAGGGGACGAUGAUGUCUAUACUAUUGAGAGAGGGGUGCUACAAACUGUUGCUGCUGCGGCUACUAUACUACUACGGUGUCUGCGCUGCAACUGUAGCAGUCUCUCUGGCUUUUGGCAAAACCUGGCGUUAUUUGGGACACUUUUGUUUUUACCUUUUUUCUUUUGUUACUGUUUCUGCUGUAGUCUUUGUUUCAUAUGUCUACGAGAAAAAAAUUCACCUGUUAAAACAUAUGUUCUCUGUCUCUGU